AUCUUAACAUAUAUCCAGCCCAGUAAAACAAAGUGAUGAGCUUGAGGGUAAGUUUGCAGGCUGACUGAGUUCCUGGCCAGAUAGCCAGACCUAUCUAUACUUUCACUAUCCAAUAGCAUUGAGAGGCUGAACAAUAGCACUCACUGACUGUGUAAGGAGUAGUUGUAAAGUAGUUCACAUUACCAUACGACAGAGCUGAGUGUCUCUGUCCCUCUGAUAAGUGAUUAGAAGUGUAAUGUGUUUAUACGUUGUAAUGACCAAAAUGAGUGAAGUCACAGUAAAUCAGACUCUGUAGGGAAAGUUGCAUAUGAGGGCUGUGUUAACAAUAACUUGUGAUAAACAUGGUGAAUGAAAAAAUAUGUUUCCAGCUAAUGACAAUUUCAGUCUUGAUUAAAUGGGGCAGGGAUUUUCAACCAGUGGUCCGUGGCCCCCUGGGGGUCCAUGACCAUACAUUCAAUUAUGCAGUUUCAUAAUCAGAAAAGCCAAAGUGACUGCCAGGAUCCGGUCUGUCCCUGGUAUCAUGUGCUUUGUGUUGUAUAACCUACAGAGUCAUACCUGAAAAUACUGGUUCACCGACCAGGAUCUUAAAAGUGUUACUACUUGAUUAUGCCAAUAAAGAAGCUUUUUAUAGGGUUCAGUGAAAAGUAACAGUGUCUGAAGGGUGGACUUUAGCCACUGUUAAACCACUACUGCUGUGAGUUAAUGUUAGUUAGCUCGCCAGUACCACCAUGGACUGGUGUAUUAGAAUCUAAUCUCAACACCUCAGGUUGCUUCUUGGUGAGAAUGGUGGUCCUUGGGUCAUUAAAAAAACAGUUAGAAAAGGUAGAGGAUACGACAAAAUGUAAAAAACAAACAGGUGGAUUAAAUUUGUCCUCAGGCACCUCACACUUCCACAAGGUCAGAUAGCAACUAAUUGGCUGUGUUGGACAACAUAAUAGACAGAGAUGUCAAAGAAAGAAAAGAAAAAUGAUUUAGCUCAUUUUAGGGCAGGUGGAAAGUGUGUUAAAAUGUGCAAGAAGCCUGAUCCUGAUCUGGACUCUUUACCACUAAAGAGCAGCAAAAUUAGAGAAAUGAAAAUCCUGGUGAAGAGAGACAUCCGGACCUGAUGCAGAAUCAAGAGCCUUGUCCAGUCCCAGAUGACUGAGAUGUAAUUAUAACAAUGACCUGUCAGGCCUGUGGGGCAGGGCAAUACCUGGACCUGGACCAGAAACAAAAAAACUGAGAACAAUGAGACUGAUGGUGGGCUGGGUCAGAGACAGAUCAGGAUCCAUGGGGACCAUGGGGAUGGUAAGAAUACCAACACAAACAUAAAGCUAGCACAUACAGUAUCAAGUGGAACAGGACUAACAAGUAGCUGAAACUGGCAAACUUACACAACCGUUUCCCUUUUAGCUGAGUCAGAGGCAACAGAAUCAGUGAAGAAUCAGAAUCACAAUCUCCUCUUCUGUUCCUGAGUUAUGGCAUUGAAUAAUGGCAAUAACCAAAUUCUAAUCAUAAAGGAGUCCCCCAGGAGGAACUGGAACAUGUUUCUGAGAGAGGGAUGUCUGGAAUAUGCUGCUUCAACACCACGAUCCAUCCCCAGUGGAAGAAAAUGGAUGGAUGGAAGACAAUCCUGAGAUAUUGCAAUGGACGGACAGACUGUCAUGGCUACCUUCUCAAACUGACUGAGGUUCAUUAUGAGAAAAUUACACUGUUCCCCUUGAGGUCCAGGCUGAAGUGAAACCUUCAAACACUCCCUUGAGCUCAAUCCUGUAAAUGUACCUAAUAUGUAGUCUCUGCGUCGUUUUGACAUAUGAUGAAGUUACAGACACUAGACAGAACAAACAAAUCCUGCUAACGGUCUUGUAUGAUUCAUACUCUUUGCUAUAUGAAUGGCAGUUAGUUGGCACAGAUCCAACAGUAGUGUGUAAAGCCAGACACCAGACAACGUUACACUCAGGAUCAUGUUAAAGGUUAGUGAGCGGUAGGAGCAUUUAACCAGUGGGUGAUGAAAGAGAUUUACUACUCGUCUCUCAGUGGUGGAUCUACAGUGAAGGAUGGCAGGAAAACAUUCAUUUCUAUUCUCAUCCUGCUGUCCUGUGAAUUCGAUGGCAAGAAAUCUGAUGUGUGAGUUUGGCAUGGUGGUUGUGUGUACAGAUCAAGGUCUAAAAGUACACCCUGUGAUGUACUCAACCUCAACUAACCUUUCUUGUAAAUCAUUCUGCUGCAUAUUUGUGGGAAUACAUGCCGUGAAUCUACUCUUAAAAGUCAAAACUAUGUAAAUAAGACAACAACAACUCAGACUAUACAUCUAUAUUUACAUCUACAAAUAUUGAUCCAAAAUUACUUACAAAAGAGGGACAACACUAAAGCUUCAGUGCAGUAGGAGACCUUUAAGUAAGGACUAAAUCUGUAGAUCAAUUAAAGAAGGUCACAGUAAGAGCUAGUUCGGCUUGUUAGGGUGUUAGAGGUGUUAGGAGUCUUCAAGAGAUUCUUGAAAAUAAAGAGGGAUGCUCCUCUCUGAUAGUAUUUGUGAGCGGGUUCCACCAUUGGGGAACCAGAGAUGAGAACAGUCUAGACUGAGAACGACUUACAAAAUAUUGUCAAACAGCAUCAGUGUAUCUUAAUUAUCAAACCAGUGCUCCUGGAAAAAAAAAAAAAAAAACUGAUAUUCUCCCUGUUGCUAAACUCUGCUUGAGCAAUAAAGAGUCAAUGUUUACUUCACCCACUGUGGUUUGUGAUGUUAUGUCCGCUAAACAAACAGCAGCAGUACAACAGAACCAUUUAGGUGCUAUAGCUGUAUGCAAAAUCUCUGGGAAAGUUACAUAUUUUGGUUCAUAUUUGAAGCGAGAAGAGGUAAAUACAGUCUGUAGCAACCAGACAUUAAAAUAUUGUGGCAUGUGCAAAGGUUUGGGCCCCUAUGACUGUUAUACUUUCAUGUAUUCUAUAUUUAGAUUAUUAUAACUGAUGCAUUAACCCAUAAGAGCCAUUUCUCCUUUUAGAAAAAUUAUAAAUUAUGAGGGAUGCAAAACAGACUAAAUGGAUCACAUGUAACACAUCUCUUGUGUUGGACGGAUGGACGGACGGAUGGAAGACAAUCCUGAGAUAUUGCAAUGGACGGACAGACUGUCAUGGCUACCUUCUCAAACUGACUGAGGUUCAUUAUGAGAAAAUUACACUGUUCCCCUUGAGGUCCAGGCUGAAGUGAAACCUUCAAACACUCCCUUGAGCUCAAUCCUGUAAAUGUACCUAAUAUGUAGUCUCUGCGUCGUUUUGACAUAUGAUGAAGUUACAGACACUAGACAGAACAAACAAAUCCUGCUAACGGUCUUGUAUGAUUCAUACUCUUUGCUAUAUGAAUGGCAGUUAGUUGGCACAGAUCCAACAGUAGUGUGUAAAGCCAGACACCAGACAACGUUACACUCAGGAUCAUGUUAAAGGUUAGUGAGCGGUAGGAGCAUUUAACCAGUGGGUGAUGAAAGAGAUUUACUACUCGUCUCUCAGUGGUGGAUCUACAGUGAAGGAUGGCAGGAAAACAUUCAUUUCUAUUCUCAUCCUGCUGUCCUGUGAAUUCGAUGGCAAGAAAUCUGAUGUGUGAGUUUGGCAUGGUGGUUGUGUGUACAGAUCAAGGUCUAAAAGUACACCCUGUGAUGUACUCAACCUCAACUAACCUUUCUUGUAAAUCAUUCUGCUGCAUAUUUGUGGGAAUACAUGCCGUGAAUCUACUCUUAAAAGUCAAAACUAUGUAAAUAAGACAACAACAACUCAGACUAUACAUCUAUAUUUACAUCUACAAAUAUUGAUCCAAAAUUACUUACAAAAGAGGGACAACACUAAAGCUUCAGUGCAGUAGGAGACCUUUAAGUAAGGACUAAAUCUGUAGAUCAAUUAAAGAAGGUCACAGUAAGAGCUAGUUCGGCUUGUUAGGGUGUUAGAGGUGUUAGGAGUCUUCAAGAGAUUCUUGAAAAUAAAGAGGGAUGCUCCUCUCUGAUAGUAUUUGUGAGCUGGUUCCACCAUUGGGGAACCAGAGAUGAGAACAGUCUAGACUGAGAACGACUUACAAAAUCAUGUCAAACAGCAUCAGUGUAUCUUAAUUAUCAAACCAGUGCUCCUGGAAAAAAAAACAAAAAACUGAUAUUCUCCCUGUUGCUAAACUCUGCUUGAGCAAUAAAGAGUCAAUGUUUACUUCACCCACUGUGGUUUGUGAUGUUAUGUCCGCUAAACAAACAGCAGCAGUACAACAGAACCAUUUAGGUGCUAUAGCUGUAUGCAAAAUCUCUGGGAAAUUUGGUUAUGGUUCAUAUUUGAAGCGAGAAGAGGUAAAUACAAAGUCUAUAGUAACCAGACAUGAAAAUAUUGUGGCAUGUGCAAAGGUUUGGGCCCCUAUGACUGUUAUACUUUCAUGUAUUCUAUAUUUACAUUAUUAUAAUUGAUGCAUUAACCCAUAAGAGCCCAGAGGCAUUUCUCCUUUUAAGAAAAUUAAAAAAAUUAAUUUAUUUUUAUUUUCUUGGGGACUUCAUGAGUUAAAAGUAAGUCAUGCACUCACUUUACCACAGCUCCAACUGCAUAGUCACUGGAAUGAAACUGAAUUUAACUCUAAUUCUUCUUUUUUGAAAAACAAACUUUUCACUUGUCCCAAAUCCUCUUGCAUAAAUCAUAAAUCAUUUAGACAUUUCUGUUUCUCAAAUUUAUCGAUUUAAUUCUUCUUGGGCGUUGGCUUACAAAACAGUAUUAAAUUGAUCUGUAAAUACUUAGCAUUUUAGCUAUAUUUUUUGGGGCUAUACUCAGUUUUGUUACAUAGGCCUACUGUAUGUUUGUCUGUCUGUCAGAUUGAUAACAUAUUUUUACUUCCUCCAAUAUCACUCUAAAGUCACACAAUUUCACACUGAGAUCAUACAAAAAAGUAGAAAGACAAAUAGCUUUUCACAUGCAAAAACCCAGAUAUCCACGCUAACAGUUACCUAUUAGUGGGGGUGAAAAAUGAUCUGCAGAAGGGAUAAAAAUCAGUGAUGUAAAAACUCCCUGCAUGUUGAAUAAUGACAGAGAGACAAGGGUAGACAGGGAGUGAGGUGGGGAGGCAAGAAAGAAGAGCUAAAUAGGAAUGUUUGGGAGAUCCUGGAGGGAGGCGGCUACAGCUGGUGUACAUCCUGUUAGUGAGUGUGUGUGUGGAGGUGGGGAGGGGGGGUCCUAAUCCCAUAGAAAAACACACUAGAAAAGAAUGUUGUUACCCUCUGGAGUCUGUCUAUUUAUCAGUGAAAAUAUUAUUUUAUUAACUGUAUUUAUAUAUCACAUGGAAGCAAGAUGAACCACUUAUCCUGCUGCUGGACAACUGGACCAAAGUACAUUUAAUGGUACCAAAAUCAGUUGUUAGAAGUGCAUGUGAUGGACUCAGGGAUACCACCUGCAGCUCUACAUGUUCUGGAUCUAUGACCCCCCCUUCCCCUCCAUAUCCUAGACUCCGAGAUGCCUCCAAGCUCAUCCUCACACGCUCUGUUGGGAUUCAAACAGCUCAGAGGCUUUUCUACACUCAACAACACAAGAACAUAACUGGGAGACUGCGAAGAAGUGAUUCUUUACAAACUGAAAACAGAAGAAGUUGCUGAGAUUUUCUGGCUGUCCUGAAAGUUACUGCUUCACAAGGUAGGGAUGCUCAUGCUCAGUCAUCCAACCCUCCAACUCUCCCUGCUGCUGCUGCACCAGCCAUUCAGUCAUUUGUAAAUGUAUCAUUCAGAGGAUAUUAAUUGUUUAAUGGUUAACAUCUCACAUCUCAAUAAGAAUGUCUUGAUUAAUUAUCAUUAUUAUUUGAAUGGCUUUAUGAUCCACUUACACUAUAAAAAUCUAAAUGUACAUUUGCAUGGAUAAGCCACAAUCAUUGGUGGAAGUUUGUAUCUGUGCCAUAGAGCUCCUGUUGUCCAAAAACACAUUAAUGAGCCCAGUGUUGAAUAUGGGCAGUCGAUUAAGUCCUGGAUUUUAAUUAAAUUCAUUUACAAGGGUGAGGCUAAUCCAGACAAAUUUUUCAGGCUGACUUAAACCUUGGUGAAUUUUGAUCUGUGAGGGGAUGGAGAACCAGGGAGUCUAGCUAUUGUUUAUUGGCUGUGUUGCACCAUUCACUUCUAUUCAACUCAUCUGUUGGAGUAGAAAUUGUUCCAUAAAAGAGGAACAUGUUGCAGGCAGUUAUAAGACAGGAGUUGAUGUUACAAAUACAUCUUUCAAAUAAACUUUUAAACUGAACUUCUUGUCUCAUUAGCAACCAACCAAGGCUAAAAGAGUUUGCUAACUCAGAACCUUGUUUUUCCUCUUUAUGACAUUUUUGUUGAACAAAAUGGUCAGAGAAGAAAAAGAUGCCAGCAGGAAAUAAGCAGAACAGAAGAGAAAAAUAGAGAUGCUCUGGUAGUGAUUAGCCGAACUGGCUAGCAAGUUCAUGGUUAGUUUGGCAGCUACGAUUCACCAACUAGCCCUAAGAUUACGUCACUGUGUCACCAAGCCUAGCCAAUAGCACCAUAUCCUUAAAAUUAUUUCCCGUAAUGUCCUCAAGCUUCAUGCAUUUUUAAAGCUGUCCUUCAUGUUGUCUAGCACUGUCCCUCUUUGCUUUGAUUGAAAUAGAAGAUAAAGUGUGUGUCUGUGUGUGUGUGUAGAGAUGCAGUCUACCCUCCACUGUUUUGGGGUGGGUGUGGUCUUAUUUUCACUGGCUCCAUCCACCUACUCGUUUUCCCGGGGUGCCAGCCGAACGUCCUGUCAGGAAAUGAUUCCCGGCCACAUCCGCGCUCAACCCCAGGACCCACAGCACAGCCACGUCACCCUGAGAACAUCCACCACUUCUUACCUGCCUGGACAAAACUCUACAACAACUUGUUUAAUGUCUUUUUUUUGUCUCUCUGUAUUUAUACCUGUAUCAACAGUAACUGUCCGAAGCUCUAGGGAUUUCAUGGGUUUCCUGCUCCAGGCUCGUAGUGUGGAGGGCACGGGGGGUCGAUCCAGAGUCAGAGCCAGGGCUGGAGUUGGGGUCAAGGAUAGAACUGGAGUUGGUGCUGGGGUCAAGUCUGCGAGAGUGGGCCCAGUGUUGGUGGGUGGCUCCUGGACUCUCACUCCCCCUGGCACCCACACCUUGCGCUGCCUCUCUGAGGGCGAUACUCUCACCCACUCUGAUAAACAGCUGAAGAGAAACCUUUCAUUUGUGUGGAGAGCUCCUGAUGCACCUUUGGGAGACAUACGGUUCUAUCCUCCCUCACCUAGGACCCUCUCCAGCUCCCCUUCGCUCUCUUCUCAACCCCCUCGUGUCCUCUUCGUCCCCUCCAGAACCACACUUGCACCAUCUAAUCCUGAGCCCAAAUUCAUCCCAUCAACACAAACAACAGUGGUUCACUCAAACCCCAAACCUCAUCCAAACCUUGACCCAAAGUUCAAACUAAAUCUUGGCCAUGUAUUGAAACCAAACCCUCCCAACACUGAUACUAAACCCAAACAUCCUUCUGAUCCCUCUGGAGCUCCAGACAAGGAAGGGAAGUAUCCAGACAUUAUCCCCCGACACAGUGCCUGGGAGCUGGGCAUGCUGCUGGGCUGCUCAGCUGGCUUGGGCAUGGUGCUGGUGGUUGGCGUAAGGUACAUGUACCGUCAGGCUUGUGGCAAACAGACAGAGGUGACGCUGAACGACAGGGAGAGAGAGUAUGGGAGAGGAGAAAGAGGGAUGAUCCACGUCCAGGAGUGUGGAGAAUUGGUCAGAGUCCGGAGAAUCAGAGAGAACAGUUUCGUGCUCCUGGCAGAGUACGAUAUACUGGCAUCACCUGGAGACUGAAAUACAGGAAACAUAUAUAAAUACAUGUAGAAAUGGACAGUUUAGAUACCAAAAUAUUUCUUUCUUUCCUACUUUAGCAUUGUGGAGUAUGACUAUCUUUGCAGCCUCUAGCAGUCACAUGCAGGUUUGUAGUGUUGUUUUCAUAUAUGACCAAAGUUUCAUUUUUCUCUCUGAAGAUUUUCAGAGGGAAUGGAAAUGUUCCUGGCACGUAUUUCUGCCUCUAGAGGUUUCUGCCUCCAACAUAUUUAGAGAACUAAAACGACAAUCAGCCUCCUGAUAGAACAUAGGAAGGCUAGGAUGACAUUCACCAUUUGGUGGACACUUUUUAAACCAUGCAUAAGAAAGACAGCAAAUGUAUAAACACACAAAGGUUGUAAUCAAGUUCUGUAAUCAUAUAGAUAGCUUAUUUGCAUAAAUGCAGGAUCUGUAUGCUGAUUUAGCAUGCUACAAUACUAAUACUAAACCUUUAUACUUUUUUUUUUUUAAUUGUCAUGUUAUGUGGAUGCACUUAAUAAUAAAGUAUAUUUUUAGUAUGAUAAAUUAUGUAUUUCUUUAUUUUAGCUCUCUUAGAGUCAAGUUUUAUGGAUGACAGUGCUUAGUCAUUUCAAAUCACUUGGGUCUGGUUGUGUGAUAGAAGCAGGAACAAGGCCUCUGGGGUCUGUUGGCAAGGCUUUCAAUGGCUUAUUUUACUAUUAUUUCACCAAAUGAUGUGACAGCAGAGCCAUCUGUCCAAAACAAGUAGGCUCAGUGAAAUUAAUGAGCUGCCAAUAUUUCCCUGUGUGUCCCAGUGUUUUCGAGGAUGAAGCACUCAUUAGUUAAGACUUAAAGAGAAAGUAAAAAAUACUAGUUCCAGCCACAGUAAUCUGGCUGCCUU